AUGAAGCUCUCCCCCAAGCCCGGCUUCACCAAGCCAUCCGGCCCCGUCGCCCUUAUCAUCAUGGACGGCGUCGGCCAAGCCCCCGACACCGCAUGGAACGCCGUCACCCAAUCUCGCACCCCCUUCCUCGACAAGCUCAUGUCCGGCGAGGGCCCUGACGGCGCCACCGCCCUCUUCACUGAGCUCGACGCCUCCGGCAAGUCCGUGGGCCUCCCGACUAUGGGCGACAUGGGCAACUCUGAAGUCGGACACAACGCCCUCGGCGCGGGGCGCGUCUUCGAUCAAGGAGCAAAGCUCGUCAACAAAGCCUUCAGCAGUGGCGAUUUCAAGUCCGACGUCUGGAAAUGGCUCAUGGAGCCGCUCACCGACGGCGCCACUCUCCAUCUCCUCGGCUUGUAUUCUGACGGUAAUGUGCAUGCCCAUGUCAACCAUGUGUUCCAGCUCAUCGAUGGCGCCAUCGAUGACGGCGCGAAGCGCAUUCGCGUCCAUGUGCUCGCUGAUGGCCGCGAUGUCAGCGAGCGCUCGGCCCUGGACUACUUCGGCCCGCUAGAGAAGCGCCUCGAAGCGAUCCGUGAGUCCGGCGUCGACGUCCGCGUCGCAAGCGGCGGCGGUCGUAUGGUGUGCACCAUGGAUAGGUAUGAGGCCGAUUGGGGAAUGGUCGAGAGAGGCUGGGCCGCCCAUUGUUUGGGCGAUACCGAAAACAUUCAGACCUUUUCUUCCUCAGUUGACGCCGUGCAGGGCUUUUACAAGGAUGAAAAGAUGACUGAUCAGUACUUUCCGCCGUUCGUCGUCGUGGAUGACAACGGCGAUGCCGUCGGACCCAUUCAGGAUAACGACUCAGUGCUGUUCUGGAACUUCCGCGGCGAUCGCGCCAUCGAGAUCUCGACCGCAUUCGAGGCUGAAGAGGGUGAGUUUACCCACUUUGAUCGCAAGCGCGUCCCGAAGGUCCGCUACGCCGGCAUGAUGCAGUAUGAUGGCGACGCUGGUAUUCCGAAGCGCUUCCUCGUCUCGUCACCUCAGAUCGAGCGCACUGUCGCUGAGUAUGUCGUGAAGAACGGCAUGAAGCGUUUCUCCGUGUCGGAGACGCAGAAGUACGGCCACGUCACAUACUUUUACAACGGGAAUCGGGCCGCCAAGUUCGACGAGAACAUGGAGAAAUACACGUGCGUGCCGUCGUACAAGCAGCGCGAGCAGACCAGGCCCUGGAUGAAGGCAGCUGAGAUCUCGGACGAGAUCGUUAAGGAUCUUGACGAGUUUAAGCCGGAUCUUAUGGUCGUCAACUAUGCUAAUGGAGACAUGGUGGGGCACACGGGGCACAUGAUUGCCGCGCGUAUGGCGAUGGAAUGCGUGGAUCUGUGCCUCGCGCGUGUCAUACCGGAGAUUAUUAGCCGCGGAGGGGUAGUAGUGCUCACCGCCGAUCAUGGCAAUUGCGAUAUCAUGGCCGAGUGCGGAAAGGACGGAAAUCCGAAGCCGGGGUCGCAGCCUGAAGGAUGGAGGGCGAAGGUGUCGCACACGAAGCAACAAGUGCCGUGCGUGGUGACUGGGAAUGGGAUUGAAAACUACGAGCUCAACGAAUCUGCACGGUGGGGCGACGACCCGGACUGCAAGGCUGCGGGUAUUGCUAACCUGGGAGCUACAGUACUCAACUUGCUGGGGUUAGAGGAGCCCUCUGACUUCCUGCCAUCGAUCCUUAAAGCGAAGGCGUAAGGUAUGUCUUCAACUGAGUGGACGACUUGCCUAGUGAAAUUUAGUGCGUUUUCCCUGAUUUUGUUUGUAACUGACUGCAACGGGAGCGUUGAGUUAGAUCUAGUUGGAUAAUAAGGUAAAGAUGUUGCGAGAUAAAAUUGACACAAAUGUGA